AUGAAAUCAAUUAUCCUGGGAGCACUACUCCCGGCAUUAGCCAACGCAGCAGCAAGCGGAAAAUUCACAGCCCUGAGCUUCAACGUUGCAGGUCUACCUUCUAUACUGCAAUCAAACGAUGUGAAUGGCACGAAACCCGAGAAUGCGAACCAACUCGGCACUUACUUCUCAAAGUAUGGCUACGAUAUCAUCAACAUGCAAGAGGACUUUAAUUACCACGCCUACAUCUACGAAACAGAUAACCACGCGUACCGAACUGCCACAUCUGGCGGCGCAGCAAUCGGAAGUGGCUUGAAUACCAUAUCCAACUAUGACUGGGUUGAUUUCGAGCGUGUGAAAUGGAACAAAUGCUCCGAUGCUUCUGGCGCUGAUUGCCUAACGCCCAAAGGCCUUACCUUUAUGCGCUGGAACCCGGUCGAGGGGGUUUACAUUGACUUUUACAACAUCCAUGCGGAUGCUGGCACCGAAGACGACGACGAGACUGCUCGCAACUCGAAUCUGCAGCAGGUCGCUGAUUUCAUAGACACCAAGUCGAUUGGAAAUGCAGUCGUGGUAAUGGGCGACACGAACAGUCGCUAUACCCGUGCAGAUGACACCGGACUCCGCGUCUUGACGUCCCAGAACAACCUCGCAGAUCCAUGGGUUGAGCUUGAAAGGGAUGGUGUCUAUCCUACCGCCGGCGCUGACGCUAUCCUCUGCGACAACCCGUCUUCAAUCCUCACUUGUGAAACAGUUGACAAAGUCCUAUACCGUGGCUCUGACCUGGUGACACUCAAGGCAGACAGCUUCGACUACAACGGCGAUAAGUUCACAAACACCGACUCCAAGUACCUUGGCAGUGUUCUUUCGGAUCAUAACCCCGUGCUCGUGAACUUCACCUGGUCGUUGAAUUCCAAACUGCGCCAGAGCCAGUUCGCCGGUGGUCCUCACGGAACUUGGUUCAGUGAUGUUCCCAAGUUGCCUUCUUCCCCUGCUACUUCGGUGAUUAAGUUCCGGGGUAAUAAGAGGGUUGAUCAUGUGGCUUUGGAUUUGGCAGAUGGCACUUCGUUCAGUCAUGGUGGCACUGGUGGCACGGAGGUCUCGCUUGCGCUUGGCUCGGGCGAGUAUUGGACGCAGACUAAGCUUUGUACCGGCAAGUACAACAGCCAUACUCGGAUCUUCUAUAUCCAGGCGACGACGAGCGCCGGUAACACCCUGGAGACGGGAGUCUCGACUGCCGACUGUCAGACUUAUACUGCGCCGGAUGGGUUUGCGGUGGUUGGAUUCAUGGGACAGAGUGGUGACGAGAUUGAUCAGUUGGCUUUAGUGUACGCAGCAUACUGA